AUGCUUCGCACCUUCGUUCUCAGCCUCUUGGCUUCCGCGGCCGUUGCCGCUGCCGCUGCUGCCAACGUCCCGACAGAAGAGGUCCCUCUUCUCGGCCCAUCAUUCCUCUCCAACUUUGAUCCCACAGAUUCCCAGCACAUCUGGAAUGCUACAGAGUCCUUCCCCAGGGUGAUAGAAGCCCUCUUCGAGAGCGGCCAGCUCAACAAGACCGACCUCGUCUUCGCCGUCGACGUCUUUACCGCCGCAACGAACAAGUCCCUAUAUAGCUACUACCACGUUGGCGAGGACGGAAAGGCCGGGCUAACAUCCGGCGAGCUCAACGAUGGCACCAUUGGACGCAUUGGCAGUGCCGGCGUUGAAGUCCUGGAUCACCCUGUGAUGAAGUACAUCCCGGAGCUUCUGGGAAACUCAUCUGACAAUUCCUUCGGCCGAAUCCGCUGGGACGGCAUCACCGUCGGAGCGCUGGCAUCUCACCAAGCCGGAUCUGGUGGAGUGGAUAGACUUGCCAGUCCAGACAUGACCUUGGAGGAGCUUCAGACCGUGUCCCCUGAGGAUCUCUUUGACUAUAUGAGCCGAAAGCGCCCUGUCAUCUCCCCAUACCGGACCGCCGUCUACUCCGAUGGAGGAUACUCUCUUCUUGGACAGGUGCUUGCACGUCUCACAGGACAGACCUACGCAAACGCCCUCCAGUCCAUCAUUCUUGAGCCCCUCGGUCUUGACGGGACGACCGCGGCCGCGCCCAACAGCACGAAUACGAAUUCGAUUAACCGUGCACUUUACACGGAAUCCUCUCUCUUUGGCGUGGACUUCCCCGUCACCGCAUCCUCGGGCGGCAUCUACUCGAACACGGCCGACCUCCGUGCGCUCGGGCUGUCUAUCCUGAACUUGGAACUCCUCUCCGGCACCAACACCUCGCGGUGGAUGAAGCCUCUUAGCGGUACGGGAUCUUUUGUGGAACUGGCUGGUGCGCCAUGGGAGAUCGCCCGCCUCGCGAUCCCGACGUCGGCCGGCUCGAACCGCACGCGCAUCUCGGACCUGUACACCAAGGCGGGCGGCAACUCCGACUACACGUGCAUCUUUGCCCUCUCCCUGGACCACGGCAUCGAGUACUCCAUCCUUGUAGCCGGCAGCACCGCCACCCCCGCCCGCUGGCCAAUCCGCUACGCGGUUGGCGAGCUCUUCAUCCCCGCCGCCGAGGCCGCCGCCGCCGACAACGCCAGGCUGAACCUGGCCGGUACGUUCGUCGCGGCGUCCGCGGGGAGCAACAUGACCCUGGGCGUCGACGCGGAAGGCGCGGGCCUGGGCGUCGAGUCUGCCUCUAUCGACGGCGAGGACGGGACCGCUGGGGCGUCGGCGCUGCGGCUGUUCCCCACCAGCUUGUAUUCUAACUCCCGGUCCCUUUCCGCGCUGUACGGCAGCAGGGGAACGUUCAGCACGGCCUUCCGCAUGGUUACCUACCCUGUGAAGCUGAAACCGCGGUCUCGCUCCGAGGGCGGCGCCGGGGGUUUGUUUGAUAACUCGCAUGUGUGGAUGGGCUUCGACGCCCAGGAGGCGGUUGACGAGUACGUCUUCACCAUCGAGGACGGGAGGCUGGUCAAUAUCACAAGCUCCUAUACGCAGAUGACGUUUAUGAGAUCGGAUUGA